CAGACUUUGUUGCCAGAGGAGCUUAACUGCCGUCUCUGAUAGACCUGGGAGCAGGACUGUCUGAGCCAUGGAGCGAGAACCAAUGCGCAUAAGAGAGGGCUACUUGGUAAAAAAGGGCAGUAUGUUUAAUACCUGGAAGCCGAUGUGGGUCGUGCUCUUAGAAGAUGGAAUUGAAUUCUAUAAGCGGAAGGCUGACAACAGCCCCAAAGGGAUGGUCCCACUAAAAGGAAGCACUAUUAACAGCCCAUGCCAAGAUUUUGGCAAAAGAACGUUUGUCUUCAAGCUCACUGCAGCCAAGCAGCAGGACCACUUUUUUCAAGCUGCCUACCUGGAAGAGAGAGAUGCUUGGGUACGGGAUAUCAAGAAAGCAAUUCAGUGCAUAGAUGGAGGCCAAAGGUUUGCCAGAAAAUCCACAAGAAAAUCUAUCAGACUGCCUGAAACAAUCAACCUGAGUGCUUUGUACCUCUCAAUGAAAGAUCCUGAAAAGGGAAUAAAGGAGUUGAAACUGGAAAAAGAUAAGAAAGUGUUCAAUCACUGCUUUACAGGCACUUCUGUGAUUGACUGGCUGGUGUCUAGCAACUCCAUCCGAAAUCGCAAAGAAGGACUCAUGCUCGCCUCUUCCCUCUUGAGCGAAGGCUACCUACAGCCUGCAGGAGAUACAUCCAAGGCCGCAGCUGAGGGACUGUCAGACACCCCCUUCUUAGAUCUCAGCGAUGCCUAUUACUACUUUCCAGACAGUGGUUUUUACUGCGAGGGGAAUUCUAGUGACGAUGAUGUGGUCCUGAAAGAAGAAUUCAGAGGCUUAGUAGUCAAACAAGGAUGUUUACUGAAACAGGGACAUCGAAGGAAAAACUGGAAAGUGAGGAAGUUUGUUUUAAGAGAGGACCCUGCAUAUCUUCACUACUAUGAUCCUGCUGGAGGAGAAGAUCCUCUUGGAGCAAUUCACUUGAGGGGCUGCGUGGUGACAGCAGUGGAAGAUAUGCCAGACUCCAAGAAGUGUGAUGUUGAAAACAACCUGUUUGAAAUCAUCACAGCAAAUGAUGUCCACUAUUACUUGCAAGCAGCUUCAUCCACAGAGCGUACAGAGUGGAUCAAAGCAAUUCAGGCAGUUUCUAGGACUGGGAAAUGAAGAUGAUCCACCAGCCAGAAGACAGACAACUGAAAUGAAUUACUCCAAACAAAACAGGAAUUUUAGCAUUUCACUGAGAAAGCAGUAUCAUCCGGAAAGGCCUCCUAAAGCUUGUGGGUUGGGGGGGGGAGGGAGGGGUGGGUAGUAAGUUUCAAUUCUAUAGUGGGCACUAACAAGCUAACAUUUUCCACUUCUGUUAUGGUAAU